ACGCAUGUAAACGGGCUUAAGAAAAAAAUAAUAGGACAAUAGACUUACAAGGUUUUUUUUUAUUAAAAGGUACCCGGCAGAAAAUUAGCGGGAAAUUCACAUUCCUCGAAUUUUUUUCUUUCAUAUACGUUAUACGUUGAAGAACUUUAAUUGAACCUUAAAAACAAUAUCAUAUCUUUAUUAUUAAGUCUCAGUUUACUGAAAAAAUACUUCCAUAUUAGCACACAAAAUGGAGAACGCUAAAUUACCAAUCGAAAAUGCUCAUGAACCUACUGAAGAAGCUCAUCAACCGGUGUGCGUUAGCGGUAUCACCAUGAGUUCCCAAGAGGAGGCAAACAAACCGAAAAAGCGGCAUGCAACGUUUGCAGAUAACAUGAUGACUGAAAAAGAGCUUUCACAAACUAGCAGCUCCUACAAGGAAGCUCUGAGUCAGCCUGCGCCAGGGAUCUCCCACCGCCAGCGUCUAGCGUGGCUGCAGAAGCGGCGCGGCCCCGGUUUAUGGGUACAAUGCGACGCGUGUAACUCCUGGCGUCAUCUGCCGCAUGUUGUUGACUCCCAUCAGCUGCCGCCUAAGUGGUAUUGCUCCAUGAAUCCAGAUAAAUCGUUAGCAGACUGCUCCGCCCCGGAGACUCCCCUGCGUAUAUCAGACGAAGAAGACCUGAUCCACAGCGAGUACUCGGCCGGCUCGCUGGUGUGGGCGCGCCUGCCCGGCUGGCCGUGGUGGCCCGCCAUGGUGGACGACGAUCCUGAUACGGAGCAGUUCUACUGGCUCGACGGCUUCUCCGAUAUACCGACACAUUACAACGUCGUGUUCUUCGAUGAGAGAGGCGCCACACGGGCUUGGCUAUCUCCAGAAAAUUUGGAACCUUACACUCAAAAUAAAAAGAGGUUCCGACGCCAUUCAAGCUCCAAACAAUACAAGAAACGACUAGAACGGUCUAUACACGAGGCUGACAAAGCUGAAAAACUCACUGUGGCCGAUCGUUUAGCCAAAUUCAGCUUCAUAAAUACAUACAAAGGUCCAAUAGUCAGUCCGAAAAAGGUAACAAAAACCGAGCUGGAGAUGUUUCAAAAGAAGUUGAAACGGAAAUUCAAUGUGGACUUUCCUAUUGAAGCUUCGUCGGACUCAGAAGACGAGGAAUCUAUUCAGGCACUUAGGGAAAUAAACAAAAAGAAGAAUGUUAUCCUGAUUGGAACGCCUAGAAGUAAAAAGGCUAAACAAGAUAAUACUUCUAAUAAAAAUAAUGAUAAUGCAGUCAUAAAAACUGUUCUAGAAAAGCAGAAAAAUGACAAUCUUAAGCAUAAUGAGGAAAAUAAAAUAAACGGGGAAGACAGCGGACAAAAGCCUACAACGGAAAAAGAUAUCGAAAAGAAUCCUAAAAAGAAAAUUGACUUUAAAACUCCUAAGAAAGGAUUAGAUGUUGAGAAAAAUACCACCAUAAUCAGCUUUGCCAGUGCAGCAACUACUAAUACUCUUGACCAAUCAUUUAAAAUGCCAGAUUCUUUGGCUACUGAAAUUGGCAGCACACCGACAUUAAACUUGGGAUCACAGAUUAAUGGCUAUGAUAAUGAUUCUUCAAAAACGUACGUACCUGAAGAUGAAUCUGAUCCUGUAGUUAUUACUCAAGAUUUCCAGAUUCGCGUGGAUACUCCAAGCAGUGACGAUUUUGAAUUUUAGUACCUACAGUUUUUGCUAGGAAUUCCUUCAAUGAUAAUAUUAUCGAUUAAUAAUUGCUUGAUUAAUGUUCAAUAACUAUGUAGAUUGAUUCUUAAAAAUAUAUUUUUUCAUUAAGUUGUACAAAGUUAAACUCCAAGAAUAACAAAUAGUCGGAGAACUCAAAUUCUUAAAUGAAAUUCCUCCCUUUAAUAUUUAAGGAACAACCACACCUGCGGUACAAAUGAUUUUUGAUGUCGUGUCGCUAGCAUUUUGCCAUAAUUUACUUAAAUAGUUAAGGUCACUACAGUAGCAAUACAAAUAGUGGCUAAGUUUAGACUGUAGAAGCUAUACUGGGUACAGUGAGUACCCAAUUUAGGGCGAAUAAGAAACUUGUACAUAUCUUUUUGAAUAUAUUGAGUAUUGGCAAGUAUUGGCCCCCAUAAGAUGUCACCUAUAAACUCAAGCCGCCCAAAUGUUAUUGUUUUGGAACCUGUGUUCCCUGCCUCAAAUAUAAAAAUUACUUUACUAGAAUAAGUAAGAUUUACUUUUUAUCUCUCUAAAAAUAUUAAAAACUUAAAUUAGCAUCAUAAUAAAGAACACGUGAUGAAAUUGAACAUAUAACAACGUAAUUUGUGAGUGAAUCCUAGGUAGUUGCAUCUGCUAGUGCCUUGACCGGUGUUAUACUGGUACCUACUUAUUAUUAUUUUUUAAACAAUGAUUGUGUUGUCAAUUCACUAAAGGGUCUAUUAUUAUUAUUAUAUCCGUGGUGGCUCAUCAUCCUAAUGUUUUAUUAUAUUAUAUUUAAGUAAUAAUAAAUAUCUGAUGUUAUGAUGCAAGUUAAGAAUUGUAUAUUUAAAUAUAUUAGUUAUUUAAGUUACCUACGUUGAAAUACAAUAUAUUAAAGAUUGUUAUUAAUUCAGCACAAACGUAUUUUGAUUAAUUGAUUAAUGAGGCGAGGCAUGUAAAAAAAUUUCGUUUGUCACGAUAUGGCCUCUGCCCCAUUUGCAUCUCUAUCUUCGGAGUGUCAUGUCUGCACGUUGUCUGUGGUAGUCAUUAUAUAGUCUGUCAAAUCAUUUCCGUCAGUAGAACA